AGUAACUACAGUUGAGCAGAAGGGUCGAGUGGGAAGGUGAUGAGGAUCAGUGAGGCAUUCCAACAUGAUCUGACGGCUCCGACUCCAGAGGAUAUUGAUCAUUAACCGUCUGUACGAGGGGAUAGUGGCCAGGACGGAGGAGGGCUGAGUCCCACUCGAGGCUCGGCCGUGGAGACAUGCAGCACGUCAGCGACCGGUUGUUCUGCUGCAGCUGGCUGCGGCGAAAGAUUCCUCUGUCCCACAGAGAUGAACUCUAUCACAUCCUGAGGAUGACGGGCCCUGUGCUCGUCUCCAGGAUCCUCCAGUACAUGCUUCCAUUCGUGGUGACGGUGUUCUGUGGUCGCUUGGGGAACAAUGUCAUGGCCGCGUACGGUCUCGCCACCGCUUUUGUAAACAUCACCACGAUAUCGACGGGAACUGGGUUGGGCCUGGCGUGCGACACCUUGGUAUCCCAGACAUUCGGAGGCAAGAAUCUGCUGAGGGUGGGGGUCAUCCUCCAGCGGGGCAUCAUCAUCCUCCUCUUGUUUUGCCUGCCCUGCAUUGCUCUGAUGGUUAACUCGGAGAGUAUCCUCUUGUGCCUGGCUCAGGACCCGGAGGUGGCCAGAAUAGCUCAGAUCUACAACCUCGCGUUCAUUCCAGCCAUUCCAGCGUUAUUCGUGUACCAGCUGCAGGUGUCUUAUCUGCAGAACCAGGGCAUCAUACUGCCUCAGAUGUACACAGCAGUCGUCGCCAACAUCGCCAACGUGGUGACACAUUACAUUUUAAUCACCUGGCUCGACCUGGGAGUCGGUGGGUCUGCAGCUGCAAACUCCCUCUCCCAGAUCUACCUGUGUGUGUUCCUGUUUAUUUACAUCUGGUGGAAGAAGCUACACGUGAACACUUGGGGAGGCUGGUCACGUGACUCACUGCAGGAGUGGGGCGCCUUCAUGAAGCUGGCGGUCCCCAGUACACUCAUGAGGUGUUUUGAGUGGUGGGUGUACGAGAUUGGCGGAAUCUUUGCCGGGAUGCUGGGUGGAGAUGAACUGGCGGCUCAGCAUGUGGUCCUCAUGGUGGCCUACAUCGUCUACAUGUUUCCUUUGGCAAUCCAAGCUGCCGCCUGCGCCCGGGUCGGCAACGCUCUCGGCGCAGGAGACACUGAACGGGCCAUUCUCACCUGCAGGAUGUCCUUCGGGCUCUCCACCAGCUUUACGCUUGUUGAAGGCGUCAUUCUUUUCGCCACCAAAUCAGUCAUCGCCUACAUAUUUAUCUCCGAUGAAAAUAUUGUCAGUCUGGUGGCUUACCUGAUGAACGUCUACGCUGUGCUCCAGGCGUUUGACGGAAUAGUGUGCGUCAGCUUUGGCGUCUUCACGGGAACAGGCAAACAGAAGAUUCCAGCUGUUUCUAACUUCGUGGGAUACUACAUCAUCGGAGUCACGCUCUGCGUCACCCUGACGUUCGUGGUCAAAAUGGGAAUCAUCGGUUUCUGGCUCGGUAUCCUGUGUGCCGCCACUCUACAGUCCAUCUUCUUCAUCAUUGUCAUUGUGAAGUUCGACUGGACGACAAUAACCGAAGAGGCGGUGAAGCGAGCUCAGAAAACCUCAGUCGCGCCUCUGUUAGGGAAGGACGGCGCCGCUGGCGACCAGGAAGGUGCUCAGUUCGCCGACGGCCUCAUGUUAAAGACGAACGGAGAAGCAGCAAAGCAAAACGGCCACGUGGCUUCAGCUAAGAAGAGGGACAACCUCUCACUGUCCCAGCUGAUCAUCCGGCGAGGACUGGUGACGCUCGCGGCCUUCGCUGUUCUGGCAGUGGGAUUGUGCGUCUACUUCAUUGUUCCCCUCCCAGAGCCUGUGGGUUGGCUGAGCAACUCCACUGCAGGCUUGACCAACUCCACUCUGGACUGGAGCAACACCACCACCACUGCUGCUGCACUGCUGUCUUACACCACAUAGAGUACUCUGUGGCCAGCAGAUAAGAGGGAUCCUCCUGACCUUGCGCAUCUAAAUGAGCCUUCGACUCUGGACUGGCUGGAGGAAUGAAUUUAAAUGCUCCAGAAAAAAGAUUCUAGAGUCUCGAUCUAAUAGAGACUAGUGUUAUGUGACGUGAGACUGGCAUCAUUUGAUCAUUUUCUUUUGGAUUUUUUUUACCGCUUAGCCAACACACGUAUUCUUGUAACGCAAGUGCUUUGUUGAGUUCAAAAGAUGUUUCUUGUAUUAAAUGGCAAUGAGAGUUAUGAGGAUUGGUGCCUCUGAGUUUCGUAUUUUUAACUUAAAUCCUCAAAAAUGUGCUUUUUAAUGAGGGGCAAGGACUGUGCCAAUUCUUAGGAAGUUAAAUCGAGGGUCAAGACUGAGACUGAGGAUCAUUGCUUCCUCUGUAUUAAAGAACACCCAGAAUGCUUUGUAUAAAUUCCAAAAAUAAA